AAAGGGGUUGGGGGAGGUGCAUGGGUUUUUCUGAAUGUGCGUGUGGGGACACUCCAGUGAAUGUUUUGAGUGUGUGAGACGUUGAAAGCAACGUCUGGCCUGUGACUGAGUGAAAAAAUAACGUUAGGAGGAGGGAGUGUCCCAGUAUCCCAAGUGUCCAAGUGUUCCAGGGUCAUGGAGAAAAAGCAGUAAAACAACUCCCAUGACCCCCCUGCAAUGCUUUCCUGAACAAAUUGAAAAGAUGCCACGAAGGGAGAAGAUUGGGGAUUUUAAAAACCUGAUGAAAAAAUAGACUCCAACACUUAUGUGGAGUUCCUAACCGUCUCCCAUGGCUUAAGAAAAGUAGAACUGUGAUUACCUGUGCCAUGCCAAACUGUGCCCAGUAUGGCAGCAAGUACAAGUUAAAAAGCCAGCAGUUUUGCCAGUCCCAGAAGAGAAGUCCCAGAAGAAAAGGAGGAAGGAAUAAUUAGCCCCCCUCCACCCUAUGCAGCAACUGCACCAGGGCUAAAUGAGGUUUCCCCUACCCAACCCCCAAGAAAAGAGACUGAGGGAGAAAAGAAAGAGAAGAGGAAAGUGAGGAAGAAGGUGGUAUAGAGAAUGAAGAAUUCAGAAGGUGAAGUGGACAAGCAGUCCAAAAGAGUGUUUCAGUAUGUAGAACCAUGUGGCUUCUUGAGUUCUAGAAGCAGCACAAUGCAAGGAUGUGAAUUGGCAGACAGAAAGAAACAGAGCAGAAGGCUUUGAGAGCCGCAUAGGACAGAACUGUUAAAAAAAAAAAAAAAAGAGACAAUUAAACCCGAGGGAUCAAAGAACCCUGGGAUUACAAUACUGACCAUUGAGGAAAUCUGCAGGAUAAAUGCCCUCAGGGCAGCGGACAAUACUAAUAGUUGCAAUUGAGGCAGCUAAAACUCCACUUUGAUGGCCCCACUCCACUGAGUGUACGACCCCCUGGAGUCAUCCGAUGCCCAGGACCACAGACCUCCAAGCACCUUAAAUCAGAAUCCUUCUUUCGAAGAGGACCUGGCCAAAAUAAUUAGGGGUUUGUCUUCAAACAGCCAGAAAGCCAAAAAUGCAAUCUCAGAGCGAGCGAGGGUGUCCACGGGAGGGGCAGAGAACGCCUAGGGAAAAAGCCAGUGCGCCAUCUGCAGGCAAGAGGGUCACUGGAAAAUGGAAUGCCCAAAGGCCCCACGCCCGACACACCCCACUCCCCACAGGGUGGGAACAGUAACCAAAGUUCCGAUGCCUAUGUACCCAGCCAUGAGCCUCAGCGUUACAGCCACAAGCCCAGCUCUGAACUCCAGAAAAAUCAAGGCAGAGGGCAAGAACAGGGAUCUGUGCAGGGAUACCCCAUGGCCUGAACCCCACCUCUCCAGUCCUGAGAGACGGAAAAAAACUUACUAGGAUAAACCAGGCCCAACAAACGCAGGUUCCCAGAAGCUGCCUGGCCCUGGUCCAACAAUGGUUGCUCGGCACACAGAAUGAGGUUUCUGAAAAUGAUUUGCUCAAAGACUGUUGCAGAAGCAAGUGAACUAACUGUUUCUCAUUCAUGCAAGUAACAGGACAUCAGCUUUUUUUUUUUUUUUUUUUUUCCUUCUUUCUCCUUGUGCCAGGCGCUUGGAGGUAGCUUCAGAGCGUUAUCUCUUGGCAGCUAUUCCAAGAAGGACACUGCUGCAUUCAGCCAGCUACCCUGAACCUCACACUUUCUGGAUUUACAGUUCAGCCACAUAAACCCAGAAGGCCAAGAGUUACCCACCCCCCUGCCCAAAAGUACUAACCUGAAGAAGUGACUUUCUUAAAAGCAAGUAAAUGCUUUCUGUGAACUUUGUCAAGUUUUUCUUUUUAAGGUGCAAUUUUACUCUGAAAAAGGAAUUUGUAACUUUGCCAGAAGCAAGGAGCGCAUUGUUCUUUCUACAGACACUGGCAAAUGAACUGAAAUUUGCAACAUGGCUUAAAGCUCUGAAACCUAGAGCACACAAAUGAGACUUUUAAAAAUCUCAGCUGGCAAAACUUAACCCGAGGAACAGAACUGUUAACCCCUUGCGAAGUUUCCUGCCAAGCAUACCCUUUUGAAUUAAUGUUUGCUAGGCCUAUACCUUAUGUGCAAAUGUUACCUAUCACUUUGUUCUGUGCAAUCGCUGCCGUCUUUGUUAUCUCUUCUCUUAACAGGUGAGCUUUUGCUGGAACGCCUUGUGCCUAGGUCGAGGCUCUGCAUCCCUAUGAUGAGGACCCAGAUUGGACCCAGACGCCCAGACGUUGCUCCAGCCUUGUUGGAAGGGACCCAAGAAGCCCAAAGCCCACCAGACGACCCGACACCCACCAGACUACAGCCCUGCCUACGUCACUCCGGACGCUGACGCUUGGCACGGCUCCUGCAACCAGCGUGGAUUGAAAGAGGACUUUUUCUCAUUUUCUUUUCUUUCCUUUCGCAUAACUGAACUUUAUUGAAAGUACCUGGGCCUGGUUUGCUUUACGCCACCCCUGCAGAGGAGGGUGUCUAGUGGGUCUUUUCUUUCAGCGUAAUUACACCCCAGCCCACUCUCUAGCACUUACCUAAGCCCCUCCCCGUGCAUACAAUGGCUCAAAUACGACUGUGGGUCCCCAUGCUGGUAUUUCUGCUGCCUUUGACCUUUGAAAUGCCAAUACCACUCACAGUGACCAGACAACUGCUGCAAUCGUGGGGGGGCCCACCACACAUAUAAUAAGUGGAUUCAGGUUGCUGAGAUGGUUGUGUUCUCUGCAAAUCGGACCAAUUGUGCCGUCUGCACUCUGGCCCCUGUAAAUGCUCUGGGAGGAAUGCCACUCCUCCCUGUGCCUGCCUUCCAGCCUCUGGGCAACCAUUCUUCUUUAUGGAAUCAUUCCGUCCCUUUCCAGGUUCACAGGAUCACUGGCUGCCUUUGUGUCAACAAAUCAAAUGACAUAAGUGACGCUCAGACCUAUGUGGGCACUUCCCACUGUGAUCGUACCUUCCCAGCCCCGACUAACAUGUUUGAGUCCGAGGCAGGAACCUUUUCUGGUUCCAAUUUGAUUGCAUGCCUGGCCCGCUUGCUGAGAGGCACCAUAUCUGCCCAUGGUCAGGACGUUUACUGGGUGUGUGGCAGGAAGGCCUAUCAUGCCCUCCCAAGAGGAUGGUAUGGGGUCUGUUUUCCAGCCUACUUAAUACCCCCCAUGUGGAUUCCUGACCAGAUUGCCUCUGCACCCCGUAGAAGGAGGCGUUCGGCUGACCUGGCAACACUUACAGGUGGCAGCUCCCAGAAUUGGGGCAGAAAUCAGUGGCCUCCGGAAAGGAUACUGGCCCAUUAUGCUCCAGCCUCAUGGAAUCGGGGGGAGAAAAUCUCUGGGGCAAGGGGGCCGAUCUAUAACUUGAACCGCGUAAUCAGACUCCAGGCAGUGGUAGAGAUUGUUGCUAACACGACAGCCACGGCCCUUAGGCUAAUUGCCACGCAAUUGGAUGAGACACGCAAUGCGUUUCUCUCAGUCCAAUUAGCAUUGGACUUUCUCCUGGCGCAACAUGGAGGCUUUUGUGCAGCGUUAAAUCUCACAGGUGGAGCAUGUUGCUUCAACAUUUCAGACCAUGGCGAGGCUAUCCGUGAUCUGGCAGCAAGAAUUGAAAAGGUAGCACAUGUCCCUGUACAAACCUGGGAGGGCUGGGAUAUGUCUUGGUUGGACGGCAUCUUCCCAGGUGGAUGGAUGGGGAGAAUAUUUACUAUGGUGAUAGGUCCAAUAAUGCUUCUAUUGCUUUUCUGCUUCUGUAUGCCCUGCUUGAUGCAAUGUAUGCAAAAUAUGAUGGAGAAGAUGAUGUCUCGCAUGAUGGGACCUCGCGUGCUUGCUUUCAUAAGAGAUUAUAGACCCCUUCCCCAGAACGAACCUAAGUAUUAGGUUGUUCAUAAGAAGAGGAGGGAGUGAAGGGAGAGAGGAAGGGUUGCUUUCUAUAUUUUGUACCUUUGCUUUCUAUAUGCUUUCUAUACCUUGUACCUUGUACCUAAGAAGGAUCUUCAUAUGUACCUAAGAAGGAUCUUCAUAUUUUCUGUCUAAGUCAAUUUCUUAGCUAGAAAUAACUUCACCUGCAAAAAGGGCCCCCCGAAGGAAUGCAAGAUAAGACAGAGACUGUAAGUUAGAAAUAGCCUCGCUUUUUCUUACUUUAGGAAUGCAAGAUAAAAAAAGACACAGACGGGAGGAGACGGGAGGAAACAGGGGGGAUGCAGGACGCUUGUAUCGGGAACAAUAGGGAGGGCUGUUUUAGAGGGCUAUAGACAUGCUAAAAAUAAGUUGAAAACUUUCCAGUUGAUUGGGGAGGAGGGAGAAAGCCCACUCAAGGUAUAAGAAAGUCUGCAGAGGUGUAUUUUCUAGGCAGUCAGUCUUCCAGAAAUUAUUCUGCUGGCUGUCUCCUGUGCACAGAGAAUAAAACUGCUUUCCUCCAAAGAA